UAUAAUGUUUAACACUUUAAUGUGACGUAUUUAUUUAUUCAUUUAUUUCAUUUGUCUAAAUAUCAGGGUUGCCAAGUGUUUGCCUUGCUAAAUAAACAAUUAUUAGCCCACUUAGCUCGGUGCUGCUAAGACGGAAGCAUUUCGCUGCUACACAUUUCCUGUUUCCUAGCAACCAGAGCGAUGUGGAUGGAAGAAGAAUGGCCAGUUUGAUAAAAGGGUUUGUCGUUUAUAUAAAAAAAAUAGGUUAAAAACAAACAAUAUAAGUGAAGAUUCGUGCAGACAUUAAAAACAUCUCCAGAUUUCUUCUUGCGAUGUUGUGUGAAAUGGUUCCUGGAUCCUGCAGAAGGAUCUGGAUUCCUGUCACAGGAAAUAAAUUGCAGAACUAAUGCGACGGUUGCGUGCUGGGCUGCGGUGUCACAGGCAGGACUGGGAUUUCUUACUGGAGACGGCGUCCCAACAUGUCCAGCCUGCUGCAGCGCAUGGACGCUCAUCAUCCACUAGAGGACGACCGCAAAUUCAAAUGCAACGAAUGUGGGCGUGGCUACAGACACGCCGGCAGCCUGACCAAUCACAGACGGACUCAUGAAGUGGGUUCGUUCCUGUGCUCCAUCUGUGGGAAAGAAAACUGGAACGCCUCGGCCAUGAAGAACCACCUGCGCAGCCACGCCUCGCUUAGGAAGUACUCCUGUGCCGACUGUGGGAAAUGUUUUCGUCUGGCGGCGCAGCUGCAGACGCACCAGACGGUUCAUCUGCCCUGCAGAUCCACACAGGACAGCGAAUGCGACCAGCAGCCUGAACGUAACGAGGAUGCAGACAUCACUGCGAUCCUCACGUUGCAGCCGGAGCGCUGCAGCGUGGUGCCAAAGAGACCCUUUCAAUGCGACCAGUGUGGGAAGUCUUACAUCCACCAACGCAGCCUGACCAAUCACAAGAAGAGCCACCAGCUGGGCGUGUUUGAAUGCACCGUCUGCUUUAAGUUGUGUGGCAACAUGGCCGCCCUCUACAGCCACCAGAGGACCCACAGGACGCGAGGCAAGAUGGAUCAGAGUGCAGCUACUGGGUCAGAACCGGACCUAUUCCAUAAUCAGAAACAGGACACUCCGGAGAAUUUCUGCCUCCUGUGCCAGGAGUUUUUUCCUGGAAAUAGGGAAUUCCAGGAACACAUCCGGCUGCACAAGUCUUCGCUUGAGCCCGAUGUUUCCCUGCCGGAGUCCGGCUUCAGUCCGUCCGCUGCAGAGGUUCUACAGAACUUUGAUCUGAGUGGAUUUGACGGUCAGGAUGCAACAGAUGCCGCGGUAAUCGGUGCCUCACAGAGCACUGUAGAAGAAGAAAUGUCCGCUCCAGAUCCGGAUGAGAGACCCUUCAGGUGUCACACAUGUGGGAAGAGCUACCGUCACUCAGGGAGCCUGAUUAACCACCGGCGCUCCCACCAGGUGGGCGCGUUCCGCUGCGCCGUCUGCAGGAAGCAGUACCCCCACCUGGCCGCCCUCAGGAGCCACCUACGCCUCCACCGACCGCGGCGGCCAUCUUCCCGGCCGCGGCGACCAUCUUCCCGGCCGCCCGCAGAGCACAGCUGGCUCUGCCCGGAGCCUGUGAGCCAGCAGAACCAGACCGGGUUCGGAUCAGACCAGGAAAACAUGGCCGCCGACAACAACCGCGGCGAAACGUUCUCCACUCAGGGUUUCUGCUCCCAGGUUGCCAUGGCGGCACACAUGUGCGCGGACUGCGGCGAGACGUUUGCAGACGUAGCCGGGGUCAAAUCCCACAACUGCAUCCUGCUGCACCAACACACACCUGCUGACCGGCCCUACAACUUAACCUUUGACCCCAGGGACGCCCAAAGCCCGGAAGCAACAGAGUUCAACUAUUUUGAGCAGGGUUGCCAUGGGAACAGUACCAGAGAAGAUGAAGAUCCCGACGAGGACGAUGAUUAUCAGUGCUCAGUGUGCGGGAUCAGCUACAGCAGCAUGGCGGCCCUCAGGAGCCACCUGAGGGGCCACACCCGGUCCGACGGCGCUCCGCAGGGCGCCGACCCCACACAACCAGAGUCAGGAGAGAUGCUGAUCUGCAGCAGCUGCGGCGUCUCCUGCAGCAGCUACAGCCACCUCAGCAGCCACGACUGCGCAGCCAAGCAGGAAGUUAAGGUCACCGAGGUCACAGAGGAGGAGGAACUGAGGCCCGGUGGUGGUGGCGGCGUGGAGCGCCAGCAUCGCUGUGAUCAGUGUGGGAGGUCGUACCGCCACGCCGGCUCGCUGCUCAACCACAAAAAGUCCCAUAAAACGGGCGUGUUCAGAUGCUCCGUGUGCCAGAAACGCUUCUACAACCUGCUGGCGCUGAAGAACCACCAGAGGUCACACUUUGACCUCAAGAGGUUUGCCUGUCAGGAAUGUGGAAAAGCCUUCAAGCUCCAGAAGCAGCUGCUGAACCAUCUGAGAAAACACAAACAGAACCGAGCCAAAGCCCAGGAUCUGAGCGAUCCGGUCCAGGUUGUCCGGCCAGAGGGAAGGUGGCGGCAGGCGGCAGCACCGGACGGCGAGGAGCGGCCGUUCUCCUGCGACCAGUGCGGCCGGACGUACCGCCACGCCGGGAGUCUGGCCAACCACAGGAAGUCCCAUCAGACGGGCGAGUUUUCCUGCAGCGUCUGCAGCAACGUUUACUGCAACCAGCUGGCCUUGAGCAACCACCUGAGGAUUCACCUGGCCAAGAGGCUCCUGUGCCAGCGCUGCGGCAGAGGCUUCAGGGGCCCGGCGCAACUGCUGGCGCAUGUCUGCGCUGCGCUCAGACCGAACGCCGCCGCUGGCCGGACAGGUCUCAGAUGCAGGAAGUCCUCCAACCAGCAGGCGGCGCCCUCCUGCGAGGAAGAGGAGCGGCCGUUUAGGUGCGACCUUUGCCCCCGCAGCUACCGCCAUGCCGGCUCGCUGCUCAACCACAAGAGGACGCACCAGACGGGCGAGUUCAGCUGCACCGUCUGCGCCAAGCGCUUCACCAACCGCGCUGCACUGCGCGGCCACGCCCGCAUCCACAGGAACAGGAAGUACACGUGUGAGGCGUGCGGGAAGGCCUUCCGCCGCGCCAGCGUCCUGCAGAACCACCAGCGGCUCCACGGACCGGCGCCGAGCUUCCAGGGCCAGACCGGGCUGAAGAGGCAGCGCUGCUUCAGGGGUCAGGAGGUCACAGCGCCCCCUGCAGUCCAGGAAGAGACAGGACAGAAGUGCUUCAGGUGUGACCUGUGUUGGCGCUCGUACCGCCACGCCGGAUCGCUGCUCAACCACAAGAAGUCCCACGUUGCUGUGCUGCACCAAUGCAGCUCCUGCCUGCAGACGUUUCCCGACGCCGUCGGCCUGCAGCUGCACGCCCAGAUCCGCCGCCAGUCCUGCUCCGAAUGCGGCAAAACUUUCUGCCUGGCGGCGCACCUGCAGAGCCACAUGGCGGCUCAUGGCAGGAAGCCGGCCGCCGCCGGGUCAGAGCGCCGCGCCGCGGAGAGCCGCGUUACCGACGAUGAUCCGCAGAGCGAGGACAAGAGCCACGUGUGUGAGCACUGUGGCCGCGCCUACCGCCACGCCGGGUCGCUGCUCAACCACAAGAACAGCCACAAGACGGGUCGCUUCUCCUGCACCGUCUGCCGCAAGGAGUUCUCCAACCUGAUGGCGCUGAAGAACCACCGCCGCAUCCACACCGAGCCCCGGCGCUACCAGUGCCUGACCUGUGGCAAGGCGUUCCGCGUCUCCACGCAGCUCGUCUGCCACCGCCGCAUCCACACCAAGGAGAAGCCGUUCGACUGCCAGCGCUGCGGGAAAACCUUUUCCAGCAAGUCCAACCUGAGGCACCAUCAGAAGCUGCACCAGAGCGCCGCGCCGCCGAGCAGCGACCUGGAGGCCUUCCUGUGACAUCAUCAAACACGAUGACAGGAUGAGGAUUCCGCCGCCAUCUUGGAUGUGGCACUUGGAGCGGUAGAACAAGAUGGCUGAUGUUUUGCAUUACAGAGCAGAUCCAGUGAUCUGACCGUUCAGAAUGGAAACAUGUUUUUGAUCGUAUGUUUAGAUACAUACAAAAAACUACAUUUGUGCCAAAACACUGAGAAAUUUUAGAUUAAUCUUAAUUUCAGAAAAAUAACUCAAAUUUUCUAGAACAAAAAACAAGAACAUUUGUAAGCUGAAAAAGUUGAAAAUUUUUUAUACAAAAAACUUCUGAAAGUUUUUAGAUUCACGGGGCGCCGCGGCGACGGCGUCUGGGUCAUUAUGACCCAGACGCCGUUAUGUUCAUAUUUAUCACCAGUGUUUCCUCAGAAACGGCUCCUUGGUGUUCAGAGACGUUGUGGUUCUGGACGGUCCGGUUAGCAGGUAACAGAACUCCGUUUUUAUCCAGCGUGAGUCCAGAUGAGUUUUGCUGACUCAGCAGAAACCUGCAGACUGAACCUGAACCUUUUCAUGUCCUGAUGGACCAAACUAAAACUAUAAACUGUUUAUCUGUUAGAACGACAUUCAGAGCAACUAAAAACCUCCUGGGUCUGGAUGAGAUUCAGAACCAGAAUAUUAACACUUCUACUCAUAUUAAUAACCAGUUUAUGCCUCUGCAGAGUGAAAAAUAAUGAGAAAAGUUCUCACAAAUGUGCAAGAGAAAAAUCACAAAUUUAGAGAAAAUUUCUCGACUUUUCAAACUGAGAAAUUUUCAUGUUUUUUCUCAGAUUAAGUUGAAAAAUAUUUGCUGUUUUUGGAGUGAAAUUGCUCCUUUUUUCCAUCUCCAGUGUCUCUGAUUCGCCGUCCUACUUUCUGCCUAAAUGGAUGUAUUUGAUUAUUUGUUGCUGUAUUAUGUGUGUAUUUUACUGGAAAGGUUUCUGACUGCUGUAUAAAUAUAAUGUAGCCUUUAAAACAUCAGUCAGAUGAUGAUGAGGAUGAUGAUGAUGAUGAUGAUGAGGAUGAUGAUCAGCCUGACUUCUGGUGAAGAUGCAUAAAAAUCCUUAAAAAAUGUAAUAAUCUGUAAUAAACUUCUCAUAUUGAUAAUGCAGCAGGUAUGCAUCGUCUAACGGUUGCCAUGGAGACGGAGAGUUGCCAUUUUUAGCUUCAGUUCUCUCCAUACACAGAGCCAGAAAAAACAUGGCUCCUCAUCCAUACGUCGUCUCUGUGUCGCGUCAUAAUUAUUCCCCAGGGAAACAAAAGUAAUGGAUGAUUAGUCAGACAUUUAUUUUAAAGAGAAUUUUACUAUUUUCUCCUUUAAACUUUAGUUUCACUUUUUCUGUCGUCUUUUCCAGAGAUGUAAAAGUAUCAUUGAAAACCUGAAGGAUUUAUCUCUUGUGCCAUUUCAGACGGUUUUAAAGCUGAAUCCUGAUGCAUUAUGGGAGAUUAAACCUGGAUGUUUACACCAGGACCUCCUUUUAUUUUAAGAUUGGAAAAAGUUUUUUUUUCUUCUUGUUUUAAACAUUUUUUGACAUGAUCUCAACCAAAAAUGUUCUUAAACUGUUAAUUUGUUUUUUAUAUAUGUGACUAUUUAAUGACCUCUGACCUCAUUUAUGGAAUACCUCAGAAACCUGUUGCCGUUGGAAACAGAAACACUCACUCUGGUUCAUGAUGCGACUUCCUGUUUAUACAAAUGUGUCCUGGAGACAGGAAGUCCGGUCCGGUCCGGUCAGCGUUGGGUUGGGACAUUAUGACUGUCUUUAUUAUUAAUAUUAAUAUUAUUAUUCUACUAUAUGCAGGUUGUAAAUUCAGAUUAAAUUGUUGUUCGGACCUCAUUUAAUGUUUCUUCAGUGGGAGAAAAAUGAAAUAAUAUCUAAUAAAAAUAAAACAUUUAGUGAA